ACUCCAAAAUGGCUACCCUUCGCCGGGCCAAACAUCGCGAGAACUCGAGAGCAGUCACCGUUUUCGCGAUACUUGGACGCAGCUUCGUUUCAGCCCUUGAAGCAGAGCGAGUUCUCUUAAAGGGACAGCUAAUUCCCCACUCCUCCCGCCUCUUCGGGAGCCGAAGGGUGAAGAUGUAUCAGUAUUUCUAAAGAACAAAAGGUCUUGCUACCUGUAGGUCGAGUGAGGUGCCCUCGAAAUCGGCCGCAUAUAUGCUCAAGGCGAGAGGGCGGGGAAGGAGUUCCUGAAUCCAGUACAUUGGAAUGUCGUCUUGCACUUACUUGAGGUCGGGAAUUAUUAAAUUGGGGCUUGCGAACUACACCGGGAGAAAGAGAAUCAUGGUUCAGCACGCGAAUGAAUGCCAAGCAUGGUCAGUGAGUCAAAGGACCGGCCGAAAAUAACCAGGGGCGCAGGAAUAGACUCAUGGCGGCGGCAAACAUUGACUCACUGAAGUUGAGGGGUGACUGGCCUCUCCACCUGCAGGAGACUGUCACCUGCAAACGCCCAUUGGCCACAUCAGAAAGCUCAGUAUGAGGUCAGACUCAGGCUGUGCCACUGCCCUCGGCCCCAGGGCAAUUGCCACCUGCAGGGAGGGGUUGGCAGCAUGCGGAGAAGGCACGAGGAGGACUUGUGUGUGUCACCCACAUUCCAGCUCAGGCCCCGAGUAUACAAACAGGAAGCUGGUUCCCUUCCUGCCUUCCGUGUGACAAGCACUGUGAUCGGAAGAGAGGGUGGGGUGUCAAGGACCCCUAACCCCUGAACUUCACAGCAACGUGAUAAUGCGAGGUUAUGUGACCCCUUUCAACCCUGCAUCCCUAGAACCGACGGCUGUGUCCAGCAAAUAAAUGCUCAGUCAAUGCCUGCCGAAUGGAUAAAGUUACAGAGGGCAACUAUCAUAGACUGAGCGUUGUGAUAGGGCUUCACUAUGAGAUGUUUGAAGGAAGACUUCAACCCCCAGCCGAAGGAGAAAUAAAGACAUCUCUGAGUUUACCUCUCUUGCAAGGAAUCCACACUCAUUGUUCGUUUUCCAUCCCCUUAGAGCAGUAAGCCCAGACCUGCGAGGAGGAGGUAUAUCAACAGAAUCGAGCGUCAAGCGCACGUGGAAAGUGUCCUUGAGAUGUGCAAACUCACCUCCCCUGCAAACACCUCCACCUCUGCGUAAGUUACGUGUAACCUUUGAGUCUUUUCACGCCGUUCAGGACCCGUUUUCCUGCUGGAGCCGUUUUCCUCUUUGGUUCUUCAAGAUGACCCGAGCAGAAGGCACAGUGUGGGCGGUCGGAGGGGGUGAUGAAGGUGGCAGACGUCCACUGGCAUAUGCGUCCACUGGCAUAUGCGGAUGAGUCCAGAGAAGCUCCCAGCUCAGCAAUGAGUUGCUUUUCUUAAUUUAGAAAGUCUGGCCUAUGAGAAAGAUAUGCAAACACCCCAAGCCAGUGGUUCUCAACCUUCUGGCCCUUUAAAUACAGUUCCUUAUGUUGUGACCCAACCAUAAAAUUAUUUUCGUGGCUACUUCCUAACUGUAAUGUUGCUACUGUUAUGAAUCGUAAUGUAAAUAUCUGAUAUGCAGGAAGGUCUUAGGCGACCCCUGUGAAAGGGUCGUUCGACCGCCAAAGGGGUUGCGACCCACAGGUUGAGAACCGCUGCAAGCUUUAGGUAACCAGCUCAAGCGCGGAGACUCAAGGCGGAAAGGGUUAACCUCCCCAAAGUUGUGUCUUCAAAGUCACACCCUCUCCAGACAGCUCCGUCCACUCUCGCGAGAGUAUGCAAAAAAGACACAGCUUUCCACAAACCCCGCCCCCAGCCUUCUUAGUUGCCGAGCAACGAUGCAACCAACCUCCACGGUGCGGGGAAACUUGGGAACGUGCUCUCUUUCCCCUUCACAGCGCCGUCCUCCUCGGGGAGCCUGCGUCAGCGAGUCCUCCUGGAGCCCCGCCCCCUGGAGUCUGCGGGCGCCGAUUGGUCGAAGAUUCUCUCCAGACCUCUGAAGUGCCGCCAUAGCCAUGUCUGAGGAUACUGCGUCUUCCUCAGAACAGAACAAUAGCAGCAAUCAAACCACAGCCUCCAAUCUUCGACUGUCCAAGAAGAUAUGUUCGUGGGCAUCCUACAUGACCAAUUCCCCGACGCUCAUUGUUAUGAUUGGCUUGCCAGCCCGGGGCAAGACCUAUGUGUCCAAGAAACUCACACGUUACCUCAACUGGAUUGGAGUGCCCACCAAAGUGUUUAAUCUUGGGGUAUAUCGGCGUGAAGCAGUCAAGUCCUAUAAGUCCUAUGACUUCUUCCGGCACGACAACGAGGAGGCCAUGAAGAUUCGCAAACAAUGUGCUGUGGUGGCACUAGAAGACGUUAAGGCGUAUCUCACCGAGGAGAGCGGGCAGAUUGCGGUGUUUGAUGCCACCAAUACAACUAGGGAGAGGAGGGACAUGAUUUUGAACUUUGCCGAGGAGAAUUCCUUCAAGGUGUUCUUUGUGGAAUCUGUGUGUGAUGAUCCUGAUGUCAUCGCUGCCAACAUCCUGGAAGUAAAGGUGUCCAGCCCUGAUUACCCUGAAAGGAACAGGGAGAAUGUGAUGGAGGACUUCCUAAAGAGAAUUGAGUGCUACAAAGUCACCUAUCAGCCCCUUGACCCAGACAACUAUGACAAGGAUCUUUCUUUCAUCAAGGUGAUCAACGUGGGCCAGCGGUUUCUAGUGAACAGAGUCCAGGACUACAUCCAGAGCAAGAUAGUCUACUACCUCAUGAAUAUCCACGUCUAUCCCCGCACCAUUUACCUUUGCCGGCACGGGGAGAGCGAGUUCAACCUCCUGGGGAAGAUUGGGGGCGACUCUGGCCUCUCGGUGCGGGGCAAACAGUUUGCCCAAGCUCUCAAGAAGUUUCUGGAGGAACAGGAGAUAGCAGAUCUCAAGGUGUGGACGAGCCAGUUGAAGAGGACUAUCCAGACUGCGGAGUCGCUGGGGGUGACCUAUGAGCAGUGGAAGAUUCUGAAUGAGAUUGAUGCUGGCGUGUGCGAGGAGAUGACCUACGCAGAGAUUGAGAAGCAGUACCCAGAGGAGUUCGCACUUCGGGAUCAAGAGAAAUAUCUGUAUCGCUAUCCUAGUGGGGAGUCGUACCAGGACCUGGUGCAGCGGCUGGAGCCUGUCAUCAUGGAGCUGGAGCGCCAGGGCAAUGUCCUCGUCAUCUCCCACCAGGCUGUCAUGCGCUGCCUCCUGGCCUACUUCUUGGAUAAGGGCGCAGAUGAGCUACCGUACUUGAGGUGCCCGCUCCAUACCAUCUUCAAACUUACUCCUGUGGCCUACGGGUGCAAAGUGGAAACGAUCAAGGUCAACGUGGAGGCUGUGAACACUCACCGAGACAAGCCAGCGGCAAAGACCUCGCUGGCGGUGCCUAGACGCUCCUCUCCGGCCUCCCUCCCAGCGCUCUCCUGAUACGGAAGCUGAGGCCAGACCUCCUUGGGGGAUUGGGAUCUGCUGGAAAACUUGGAUGUCAGCACCACCAGGGCUUGAUCGAGAAGUGAAGUGGGGAUUGGACACCUGGCACCACCAAAAUGGGGCCUGGAAAAGCAUCACCACAUUUCUCCCCCUCAUGCCUAAUGGGAAUACCAGUUACGCUGAAAAACUUAACUUUCUUUGUGCCUCCAAAUAUUAACAGCCGGAACCGGUUCAUUUUUUUAAUUCUAUGAUCUCUUUGCCAUGUUUGGCCCAAGUUGGCCAAUCUCGCUCUGUUUCGGUAUCUAGCACCCUACCUGUGACUGUCUCUAGCUGGCUAUUUUUUGUCUAAGGUGCAAAUACGCCUCUCAGAUUUAAUUGUCUCCAGGUGAGAGGGCUGAACCCCUGUAAGUCUUUUCUGUGCUGUACGAGCUGGUCUCCCAUCCUUUCCAGGUGAGCAGGAUUGGAGUACAAUUUACAUAGGUUAGCAUUAUUUCACAUUGCAAACAGACAAAUUCACCAGGUGAAUGGAGGGUAUGUGAGUCAUGCGGUCCCUGAACUGUCUCUUCCGUGGUGAUGGGAGAGUGGUGUCCACAGCAACCUUUUCCUUUAGAGAAGUUUUGCUGGUUCCAGGCCCCUCGAGGGCAGGAUCUGACUGCAAGACUCCCCCAAACGGGUGCCUGUCUUCUAGGCUCUCCUCUGUAGCUGCUGUGUUUUCUACCUGAUGCUGCGUGCCUCUCAGGGCUGAAGAGGCCAAUGUUCUCCGUGGUGAUUGGGAAUGAGGGCUGAAGAGAAAAGCAGGGUGCCCUUUCCAUCAUAUGAAGAGAUAAAGAAGACUCCUUGGGAAUCAACUCUACCGGGGAGUUCUUUUGAUUUCAAAACAGGUACCCUUCUUUGGGGUUUGUCACCAAGACAUGGUCUCUGAAGAAAGCUGUGGCCGUGACUUUAAGAGCAGCUGGUGUUCUGAAGCCUGCCUCUUAGCUAGUUGUCUCUGUUUUGGUCUACCUGUCUCAUGUAAAACAUUGGAGGUGCAGGGGAACCAAGCCCUUAGCUGGUUUUCCUUAAAGAUAAGCCAGAUAAUUAUCCCCUAGAUCAGUGAUUAUCAAAUAUGCAAACAUGUCUCUGUAGAUAUUCAUGUCACUCCCUGAAAGAGGAUGAUAGCUCCAAAGGAUAUUAUUAUAUCUUACACUCAAAAUCAUUGCUUUUUUUCCUUUUCUUUCAAGAAUGGUAAGUUUUUAAGCUUUUACAUUUUUGAUUCCUUUUCACUCAGAUGCCCACUUGCUGGGCAAGAGGGUGAGUCGCCAGAAAAGUAAUGAAAUGUAGCUUUUUUCAAAUGGUUCUUUUAUACUGUGGUUGAUACGGGGCUGUUCCCGAAGAUGUGAUGAGCUGGGCUGCAGGCAGCUCAGCAUCCAGCACCCGGGAGCUGCUUUUAUAUGCACGAAGCUGCCUUCAGAGAGGCUCCUGACUCUGCUCUGUAGCAGGUGAUUUUCAUCUCGCUGCCGGGAGCAUGCUCUACUGUACUGGCUGUGUUCUUGGAAUGCAGGUGUCUCUCUGCAUCUAUGUACACUGUCUUUUGAUGAUCAGAUAAUUUGUUAUUUAGUUAUUUAUUCAUCCAUGUAAGGUAUUUUUUCAAGUCUCCGUAGUAGUGUUUGCAUGUAUUUAAUCAGAAUGUACGGUCAUUUGUGUUGUCAUUUUUUUUUUUUUUUGGUAGAAAUUGAGGUCGUUGGAGCAUUCAAGUCUAUUGUUCAUAGUAUUACCUUAAAUUAAAUUUCCAGAAUAUAGAUAUCUGUCUUCUGUAAAAGCUAAUAACUAUGUUAAAGCACAGCGGAUUUCUUUGAAUACUGUUUUGCUCAUAAAUUUUUAUCUAUAAAUCAAGAGAUGCAUUUCUCUGGACAAAAGUUGAUCUCCUCGAUCAAUAAAAUCAUGCUGAAAUAUGUAAUAUGUAUUGCUUUUGUAAUAAAUACAAUAAAAGUUAUUUUUAA